CGUAACCCUCGUGCUGAGUGCGCCUAAAUAUUAAAUAUUCAAAAACGUUUACAGUAUUAUUGUCAGUGCAUUAUUUACAAUAAACAAUAAAUUUUGUUCCAUAUCAAUUAUAUUUUUCUGAUAUAUUAAUUCCAUCUCACCAAAUAAACUCGAUCAAGAAAUAUGGACGCGGAUCUGUAUGAUGAGUUUGGUAAUUACAUUGGGCCGGACUUGGCCUCAGAAAGUGAAGAUGAGAACGAGUAUGAGAACGCCGGUGAAGAUGUUGAUGAUAAGGACAGAUCAGAUGAAGAAUUGGAUGAAGAUAAAGACGAGCCACGUGAUGCCAUGGACCAGCAGUCCUUACAAGUUGUUUUGCACGAAGACAAACGAUAUUAUCCUAGUGCUAUGGAGGUUUAUGGUCCAGAUGUCGAAACUCUGGUCCAAGAAGAAGAUGCUCAGCCACUUGAUAAGCCGCUGAUAGCACCUACUCGCAAAGCAAAGUUUCAAAUAAAACAGCAAGAACUACCCGAUACUACUUAUAACAUUGAGUUCUUAGCCGACAUGAUGGAUACUCCAGCUUUGAUUCGAAACAUCGUGCUCCUAGGCCACCUGCAUCAUGGAAAAACUACAUUAGUAGACUGCCUUGUUCGCCAUACUCACCCCCACAUGCACAGCGUCACAGACGAGAAGCCGCUGCGUUACACGGACACACUCUUCACCGAGCAGCAGCGCGGAGUUUCCACGAAAGCUACUCCAGUUACUCUUUUACUCCAAGAUGUCAAGUCCAAGUCAUAUCUGAUGAACAUUUUCGACACUCCAGGACACGUCAACUUCUCGGAUGAAGCAACAGCUGCAAUCCGUCUUUCAGACGGUGCUGUGUUAGUAGUAGACGCCGCCGAAGGCGUGAUGUUGAACACGGAAAGAUUAUUAAAACACGCAAUUCAAGAACGACUUGCUCUGACUGUUUGCAUCAACAAAAUAGACCGACUUGUUCUUGAAUUGAAGCUCCCGCCUCUAGACGCUUACUACAAACUCCGUCACAUCAUUGAAGAAAUAAAUAGUCUGAUUUCUUUGUAUUCAGACUCUGAGAAUCCGACGUUCGUAUCACCAGCUCUCGGUAACGUUUGCUUUGCAAGUUCGGAGUACAAUGUCUGCUUUACUUUAAAAUCAUUUGCCGCGAUAUACCAACGUAAACACGAGUCACUAAAUUUCGAAGAAUUUGCGAAACGUCUAUGGGGUGACGUUUAUUUAAAUUCCAAGACCCGUAAAUUUACCAAGAAGCCGCCGCACAAUACAGCGCAGCGUAGUUUUAUUGAGUUUAUUCUCGAGCCACUUUAUAAAAUAUUUGCUCAGGUUGUUGGUAACGUCGACACAACGCUGCCUGGCGUUCUUGAUGAACUAGGAAUCCGACUGACUUCUGAGGAAAUGAAGAUGAAUAUACGCCCGCUAUUACGACUCGUCUGCACGAGAUUCUUUGGAGAUUUAUCAGGAAUUGUUGAUAUGUGCGUAACACAUGUACCAAGUCCUCAAGAACACGCUUCCGCUAAAAUUCAGCAUAUUUACACGGGGCCGAUAGACUCACCUUUGGCUCAAGAUAUGGUGAGGUGCAAUCCAGACGGACGAUUGAUGAUCCACAGCACCAAGAUGUAUCCUACUGAAGACUGCACACUUUUCCAUGUCCUGGGACGCGUAAUGUCUGGUACUUUGGAGGCUGGACAAAAAGUACGGGUACUUGGUGAAGCCUAUUCCCGUACUGAUGAAGAAGAUUCACGUGUGCUGACUGUUGGACGGCUGUGGAUAAGCGAAGCGCGUUAUCAGAUUGAAAUAAAUCGGGUACCUGCUGGUAAUUGGGUUUUAAUUGAAGGUAUUGACAGAUCUAUCGUUAAAACAAGUACGAUAACGGAUCUCAUUAAUUCUGAUGAUCUUCAUAUAUUUCGUCCGCUUAAAUUUAAUACGCAGAGUGUUAUUAAAAUAGCGGUUGAGCCGGUUAAUCCGUCGGAGUUGCCCAAGAUGUUGGAUGGAUUGAGGAAAGUUAAUAAGAGCUAUCCGCUUCUGGGUACGCGGGUUGAAGAGAGCGGCGAGCAUGUCGUUCUUGGCACUGGUGAACUGUACUUAGAUUGCGCUAUGCAUGAUUUGAGACGUAUGUACUCGGAAAUAGACAUCAAAGUCGCGGAUCCUGUUGUGUCCUUUGCUGAAACUGUUGUGGAGACAAGUUCACUUAAAUGCUUCGCUGAGACGCCUAACAAACGCAACAAACUGACGAUGAUUGCUGAGCCUUUGGAGCGGGGGUUAGCUGAAGAUAUCGAGGCUGAACAUGUUAAAAUUACAUGGAAUAAGAAACGGCUGGGAGAAUUCUUCCAAACGAAAUAUGAUUGGGACUUGUUGGCAGCUCGUUCAAUAUGGGCGUUUGGGCCAGAUGCAACCGGUCCGAAUAUAUUAGUAGACGAUACUCUGCCAUCCGAAGUCGACAAGACGUUACUGAGUAGUGCACGUGACGCAAUUGUCCAAGGAUUUCAAUGGGGAACACGUGAAGGACCUCUUUGUGAAGAGCCAAUUAGAAAUGUCAAAUUCAAAAUACUCGACGCGGUAAUUGCACAAGAGCCAUUGCAUCGCGGCGGUGGACAAAUAAUCCCAACAGCUCGUCGAGUCGCUUACUCAGCGUUUCUUAUGGCAACACCACGUCUAAUGGAACCUUAUCUAUUUGUCGAAGUCCAAGCACCUGCUGACUGUGUCUCUGCAGUCUAUACUGUCUUGGCUAAGCGUCGAGGCCACGUUACUCAGGAUGCGCCAGUUCCCGGCAGUCCUCUGUACACCAUAAAAGCCUUUAUACCCGCAAUCGACAGUUUCGGGUUCGAAACCGACUUGAGAACUCACACCCAGGGUCAAGCUUUCUGCCUGUCAGUUUUUCACCACUGGCAGAUCGUUCCAGGUGACCCACUGGACAAAAGCAUAACCAUCCGACCUCUCGAGCCUCAACCAGCGACUCAUUUAGCAAGGGAGUUUAUGCUGAAGACACGUAGGCGUAAAGGAUUAUCCGAAGACGUUUCGAUAAAUAAAUUCUUCGAUGAUCCCAUGUUACUCGAGUUAGCGAGACAAACGGAAUUUCUAAAUUAUCCGCUAUAAAUUUAAUUACUAUUUUAUAAAAUGUAAAGAUAAAUUAAUUUUGUAAGGUAAACUUUAAAAAAAGAAAAUGAAUAAUAAAAUUUAAUUACUAUUUACUGA